AUGGCUGAACACCCCUCUUUUACUCUGGCUUGCCUGCUGCCGGUGGGUGGCAUCGCCGGCUACAUGCGGACGCGUUCCGCCCCGUCCCUGAUCGCAGGUGUCGGCCUGGGUCUUUCCUACGCCUAUGCAGGCUAUUUGAUCAAGGAGAACAAGGACUACGGCACGGAAUUGGCCCUGGGAAACAGUGUGGUCCUCCUCGUCUCCGGUGUCAUGCGCUCUAUCAAGACCCGCGCUAGGGCUCCGAUCCCCUUGGCUCUGGGUGCGACGGGUCUGUUGGCAUCUUUCUACUACCAGAAGAAGACAUCUCAAAUCAGUGCUAGUAAUAGCAUCGAAUUGUACUAUAUUUUGUAUCCUAAAUGCAUUGUAAAAGUCAAUUUGCCUCUGCCCCACGCAGCCAGAUGUUAG